AUGCUGGACGAAGGCAGGAAAUGCAGCCGACAACCACACAUUCACGAAAUCGCAGCAACGGCAAAGUCAAUAAUUGAACCACCGCGAUUGGAAACCCAGGAACGAUUUCGAUUUAGCCAAAGAAAACAGAACAUCGAUGAGACACCGACAGAAUAUAUGUCAGCGUUGAGACAAUUGGCGUUGACAUGCGAUUUUGUUGCUGAUGCUACAGCACCGGAGAAUCGACGACUAAGAGACAAAUUUAUUUUUGGUUUGGCUAGCCAAAAUAUUCAGGCGGAUUUACUUACGCGCCGAGAUUUAGAUGUAAAAAACGUAGUCACCUUUACGGAAAGAUAUAUUAGAACCCACAAGACAGCUGAAAUACUUCAGGGCAAAGAAAUAAUCAACUCACUGAAGCAAGGAAGUGAAGGACGAGAAAAAAAACAAUGGAUUUGUAAAUUUAUGGAUGCAAAAUGCUACAACUGCGGGUUGAAUGGUCACAAAGCAAAAGUUUGUAAAAAAUUGUCAUCCAAGAGAGAAAAAAAUCAAUUAAAGCAGAAGAAUUGGACCAUGGCUAAAACUGUUAAAGAAGAAUUUGGAAUGAGGUUAUGCUUGAAGAAAUGUCAUUUUGGAGCACCUUCAGUAAAUUAUCUGGGUCAUAUUAUUGACAAAAAUAGACUGCACACGGCACCAGAUAAAGUUGAGGCUGUCAAAAAGGCACCAAACCAAAAAAUGUCAAUGAAUUACGAUCAUUUCUAG